AUGAUGCAAAAAGAAUCUCAUUUAAAAAGUUUGUAUGAGAACUGGUUCAUCACGCUACUUGGAUGCUUCGUAAUAUAUAUUGUAUAUUACAAUGUUAAGAUAUAUUAUUUGAAGAGAAAAUUCAAUGCUUAUCAAGCCAAUUAUAUACCUGGAAGCGGCUGGUUUUUCAGUAGGAAUCCAAUUAUGAUGUUAAACGCUAAAAGAAAUGGAACAUUAUUGCAAGUUGUCUGGAAAUUAUUUGAGGAAGCUGGGAAAAACUUCAGGAUUGUUAUUGGUGGUUCCGAGCUUUUUGUCACUCUGGAUCCGGAGAACAUAAAGGCUGUUUUGGCUACUCAAUUCAACGACUUUGUACUUGGCUUUCGAAAUGCCCAUUUCAAGCCAUUAUUGGGAGAUGGAAUCUUCACUUUGGAUGGAGAAGGGUGGAAACAUUCGAGAGCGAUGUUGAGACCAAAUUUUAGUAGAGAGAAGGUUGCACAUGUUCAGUCACUAGAGGCUCAUCUUCAGACAUUGGCCAAGCAUAUCAGAAAGCACGAUGGAUUUAAGCUAGAUAUUCAGGAUUUGUUCUUUAUUUUGACAGUUGAUACUUCCACUGAGUUUCUUUUUGGUGCAUCUAUUCACGGCUUGAAAGAUGAAUCAAUAGGAGAGUACCCAGAAAUUGAUUUCGAAGGUAGAGAUAAAUUUUUCGAUAGCUUCACAGCGUCCCAGGCAUAUUUGGCCACUCGAGCAUGGUCCCAGGAUUGGUAUUGGCUCUUUAAUAACUCUAAGUUUAAAGAAAAUAAUAAAGUUGUUCAUGAUUUUGCCAAAUAUUAUGUCCAUAAGGCUCUAACGGCGACUCCCGAGGAAGUUGAAGAAAGAAGCAAAGGUGGAUAUGUCUUCUUGUACGAAUUGGUUAAAGAGACGAGAAAUCCUCAGGUUUUGCAAGAUCAAUUAUUAAACAUUAUGAUAGCUGGUAGAGAUACCACAGCUGGAUUGUUGUCCUUUACAAUGUUUGAAUUAGCUAGAAAUCCAGCGAUUUGGGAAAAAGUUAAAGAAGAUGUGUACAGUCACUUUGGAAAAGGGGAUUCUGCAAGAGUAGAAGAAAUCUCAUUUGAAUCUUUGAAAAAAUGUGAAUAUUUGAAAUGGGUUAUACAAGAGGUUUUAAGAUUGUAUCCUAGUGUUCCAAUUAAUUACAGAGUAGCUACCAAGAAUACUACAUUACCAAGAGGAGGAGGGCCUGAUGGUCUAUCACCAGUUAUUAUUGAGAAAGGUAGAGUCAUAGGCUAUGUCAUCUCUUCUACUCAUCGGAACCCAGAAUUUUACGGCAAAGACGCUAGCGUAUUUCGUCCAGAAAGAUGGAGCGAUAAGAACUUGAAGCCAGGAUGGGCUUAUUUGCCAUUCAACGGUGGCCCUAGAAUCUGUUUGGGCCAACAAUUUGCCUUGACUGAAGCAUCGUACAUCAUCUGCAGACUUGCGCAAAUGUUCCCAAGUUUGAAGUCUCAAGAUCUGUCAAAUAUUUAUCCUCCAAAAAUGUCAUCACACUUAACCUCUUCUCUCACGGAUGGCUGCUGGAUCAGCUUAAGCUAA